CGUGCCCACUAAAUCCUAUCAUUAAAUUAUUUCACGAAAAUCUGAACUUAGUCCUCGCCUUGACCUUUCAGCUCUGCUGCUGGUUUUGUUUCAGAACCUUCAUCGCGUCGCAUCUCGGUGUUCAUCUUCUAUUCUUUCAGUAUGACAAUUUUCUCGUCCGCAAAGCGAGACGAUGUUGACGAAAAUGCAAGGACUUCUUAUUUUAAUUUACCACCAUUGGAUGUUUCCAUUGCAUUCCCACAAGCAACUCCAGCGUCCAUCUUUCCUCCUUGUACUUCAGACUAUUUCCAUUUUGAUGAUCUAUUGACUCUUGAGGAGCAGACUCUCAGGAAGAAAGUAAGAGAGUGUAUGGAAAAAGAAAUAGCGCCAAUAAUGACAGAGUAUUGGGAGAAGGCCAAGUUUCCGUUUCAUGUUAUUCCAAAACUUGGUGCGCUGCAUAUUGCUGGUGGCACAAUCAAGGGUUAUGGGUGUCCUGGUCUCUCCAUUACUGGAAGCGCUGUUGCUACAGCAGAAGUCGCUAGAGUUGAUGCAAGCUGUUCUACUUUUAUAUUGGUGCAUUCAUCUCUGGCAAUGCUCACUAUUGCAUUGUGUGGAUCGGAGGAACAGAAGGAAAAAUAUUUACCAUCUUUGGCACAGUUAAAAACUGUAGGCUGUUGGGCCUUGACUGAGCCAGAAUAUGGAAGUGAUGCAAGCGCUUUGAACACAACAGCAACAAAGGUGCAAGGAGGUUGGGUACUUGAGGGCCAAAAGCGCUGGAUUGGAAACAGUACCUUCGCAGAUUUGUUGGUUAUUUUUGCAAGGAAUACCACUUCAAAUCAGAUAAAUGGAUUUAUAGUCAAGAAGGAUGCCCCUGGAUUAACAGCUACAAAAAUAGAAAACAAAAUCGGCCUGAGGAUGGUUCAAAAUGGAGAUAUUCUCUUAAAAAGAGUUUUUGUUGGUGACGAGGACAGGUUACCUGGCGUCGAUUCUUUCCAGGAUACAAGCAAGAUUCUCGCUGUUUCGCGUAUUAUGGUUGCCUGGCAACCGAUUGGCCUAUCAAUGGGCGUCUAUGAUAUGUGUCACAGGUAUCUGAAGGAGAGGAAACAGUUUGGAGCACCACUAGCAGCUUUCCAAAUCAAUCAACAGAAACUUGUUCAAAUGCUGGGUAAUAUUCAAGCAAUGGUUCUUGUUGGUUGGCGCCUCUGCAAGUUAUACGAGAAUGGUAAAAUGACUCCAGGUCAUGCUAGCUUGGGAAAGUCAUGGAUCACCUUGAAGGCAAGAGAAACUGCUGCUAUUGGGCGGGAGUUACUUGGUGGCAAUGGAAUUUUGGCUGAUUUUUUAGUUGCAAAGGCAUUUUGCGAUUUGGAACCUAUCUACACUUAUGAAGGCACCUAUGACAUCAACAGCUUGGUCACAGGUAGGGAAGUCACUGGUUUUGCCAGCUUCAAGCCAGCUGCAUUGAGCAAACGAAGCCGUCUGUAGAAGCGUAGACUUUCUUCUUCAACCCUCUGAUUGGAAACUUAUUGUCUGGGUUAUUUAAGAUAGCGCAGUCAAUAAGAAACUUACACAAAUAAUGUAUAACUUAUGACAACGGAAAUUAAAUAAAAAGCCAAAGUUUUCUUUCA